AUGGUUACCUCCCUGGCAAAACAAAUGGCUCCACUGGGUGAUGAUGAUGAUGGUGAUGGUCACCCAGACAGCUCCGGACACUUUGAGUCAGCGGUGGGGAGCGAGAGACCCACCCUGGGGAUCCGGAAGCGCCCCAUCCCAGGGGAGCCAGGCACCCUCCCGGCUCCGGGCAGAGCCUCCCCGCCGGGGCACAUGUUGCUGCAGCCCUUUCGAGACAGCGCUCCGCAGCCGUGCCUGUCGCCUGCGGGAUUCCUCCUGCCCCUCCUGCCCCCCCAGCCCAGCCGCAGAGGGGCUGGAAGAGUGGGUGAAGUUGCUCCAACCCCCCAAUCCCCUUCUUCCUUCUCGUCGUCUCUCCCAGGAAAGGCACAAGCCCACACUUUGCAAGCUGCUGCUUCCCAGCCUUGCUUUUUCCCAGCUGGAUGCUCCCCACCAUCACCCACAGGCCCCUGGGAAGAUGCCAGGUCUGAUCAACUGGGCAACCCUCUCCCGGCUGCCCCUCAUUGCGUCCGAGGUGACAUCCUGCGUCAGUGGCUAUGCCUUUGGAAUGACAGCCCUGCUCACCUACCACAACCCAGACCCCCAGGCUUUGGAAGGUCUCUUUGUAUACCCCUUGGGUGAGGGCACGACUGUGGUGGGCUUCGAGGCGGCCGUGUCCCAGCGCAUCGUGACAGUGCAGAUCAAAGACAAAGCCAAGACAGAUGUCACCUACUUCAACAGCUGCAGCCUACCCCCUGGAAGAGGUGGUGAUGGAAGUGGAAGGAUUAUGAUGGAUGAGGACCUGGAGAGGAUUGUUUUUGUGGCCAGCCUGGGCAUGAUUCCUCCCCUGGAAAGUGUCUCCAUCUUCAUCAGCACCUCCUCUGAACUGCAGACACUGCCCAGUGGGGUGGUGAGGGUCGUUCUGCCAGCUGUGUGUGUCCCCAGGGUCCCCCAGCCCAGCCUGGAGAAUGCCAGCAGCUUUUCCAACCACCAGCUCCGAAUGGACAAAGACCUCUACGGAUCAGGGAGCCCGGAGCGGGGAAGCAGGUUCUGCCUGGCUCAGCUGCUGGACAAUGAGGCCACCAACCCCUUUGAGUACGAGUUCAGCUUCCACCUGGAGAUCCGGGGGCCGUGUUUGCUGGCAGGAGUUGAGAGCCCCACACAUGAGAUCCGAGCAGACGCCGACCCCUUGGCUCACUCUGCCAAGAGCAUCGUGAUCACGCUGGCCAACAAACACACCUUUGACAGACCCGUGGAGAUCCUGAUUCAUCCAAGUGAGCCCCACAUGCCCCACGUCUUAAUGGAAAAAGGUGACAUGACUCCUGCAGAGUACGAACGACACCUGAAGGGGAAGAACGAUUUCAUUAAAGGCACUAAGAAAGACCCCAGUGCCAAGAAAAAGAUGGAAAUCAUCAGGAAGCGACUGAACAAGGACAUCCCCCACCACCCUGUUGUCAUGCUCAAUUUCUGCCCUGACUUGAGGACUGUGCAGCCAGGCCUCCGGAAAGCCCAGGGAGAGUUUAUCUUCCUGGUAGACCGCAGCAGGAGCAUGAGUGGUGUGAACAUCAGCCGUGCCAAGGAUGCCCUGUUGGUCAUUCUCAAGAGCCUGAUGCCAGCGUGUCUCUUUAACAUCAUUGGGUUUGGAUCCACCUUCAAGACCCUCUUUCCUGUCAGCCAGGCCUAUUGUGAGGAGAGCCUGGCCAUCGCCUGCCAGAACAUCAGGAGGGUCCGGGCUGAUAUGGGCAGCAUCAACCUCUUAUCCCCCCUGAAGUGGGUCAUCCGCCAGCCCAUCCACAGGGGCCACCCCCGGCUGCUCUUUCUGCUGACAGGCGGGGCCAUCAGCAACACCGGGAAGGUUCUGGAGCUGCUGCGGGAUCAUUCCUGCUCCACCAGGUGCUACAGCUUCGGCAUCGGGCCCAACGCCUGCAGGAGGCUGGUCCAAGGUCUGGCUGCCGUGUCCAGGGGCAGCUCUGAGUUCCUGGAGGAGGGUGAGAGGCUGCAGCCCAAGAUGAUCAGGUCACUGAAGAAGGCGAUGGCACCGGUCCUGAGUGACGUGUCCGUGGAGUGGGUCUUUCCUGAGAGCACCGAGGCCUUGGUGUCCCCUGUCAGCAGCAGCUGCCUGUUCCCUGGUGACCGUCUGCUCAGCUACGGUGUCAUCUGUGACACUUCCCCGUACCUCUCCAACCCCAGAUCUGACAAGAGGCGGCGGUACAGCAUGAUGCAUUCCCAGGAGUCGGGCAGUUCUGUUUUCUUUCACUCCCAGGAGGAGGGAGCAGGCUUGGAGAGCUGGAACCACUCCAGAGACUCGGAGGGAUCCUGCCCCACCAAGCGCUCCCCCGACCGCCUGGGCGUGGGCAGAGAUCCUGGGGGAGAGUUGGACACGGACACAGGAAUGGAUGUGAAGGCUCUGUCCAGGAGACGGGCGUACAGCACCACCCAAAUCUCCGACCAUGAGCCUCGCAGGAAGGUGCCCACAGCCAGUGAUCCUGGCACAGCCCUGGUGAAAAACCCCCUCCGAAAAACCCACCUGCAGGACCUGCAGCAGGUCAGCCCUGAGCCCUGGCAGGUGGAUGUCCAGCCCCUCCCGGCCAUCCCUCACGGCUCUGCCACCAGGAUCCAUGGCACAGGCUCCCGGCGCCCAGCCCUGCUCCAGCACAGCUGUGUGUCCUUCUGCCACGAUGCCAACUCCCCAGCACUGCUGGACGGGCUGCAGGAAACCACAGCAAGGGGCUUGGAAGCAUUCAAUGGCAUCACGAGCCUGCGCUCCUCAUCAGACAGCCGGAGCCCCGGGGAUCUGGAGUCUGCCCAGCAUCCAUCCCUCACCUUUGAGACAGAGAUCUCCUCCGACUGGGAGCCCCAGGACUUGGAUAUCAGCACUGCCUGUGGCUCCCCACGCUCCCCCAGGACCCUCUGCAAAGCAGUGGUGAAGGGACUGAGGAACAACGAGCCUGUGCAGUGGGAAGUCAUGUUUGAUAUUCACCCUCUGUUCCGAGAGCGGGAGAGCCAGGAGGAUGGUGACACAGAUCUGUGGAGUGAGACCUUCCACCACCUGGCAGCCAAGUCACUCAUCCAGGAUUUUGAGCAGCUCGCCGAGAGGGAGUGUGAAAUCGAGCAUGGGUCUGGGCGGCGGUUCCAGCUCAGCGCUGUCCACACCAGCAAGGCCUGUAAUGUCAUCAGCAAGUACACGGUGUUCGUGCCCGUGGACCUGAGCACCAGCUCCUACCUGCCCUCCCUGGUCCAGUACACCCACACAGGGGCAACAUCCAAGCAAGGCAACCAGAGGAAAGAGAAGAGUUCAGGAAACAGAAGGCAUCGUGGCUGUUCCCCUGGACGUCCUCAGUCCAUGUGUGGCCAGGAUGGAGACUAUGGAUUUUACAGCAUGAAUGCUGAGGAGAGCAGCCCCUCACCCUCCAGCACCCUGUCCUCAUCUGCCUGGGAGCACUGCCGUGUCCCUGAAGGGCCAUUCCACAGCCUGUCUGCUUCCUCUGCACAAGCCAAAAAAUCCAUCGAGAGGCUCUUUGCUGCCAGGCUGACCCUCAAUAAAACCAUGCUGCUGGUUCGAGCUGCCAAAGGCUUCAUGAAUAAAUCUCCAGGCAGAGGGAGCGAAGCCGGCCCUGAGGGUGACAAUGAGAGCAUGGACUACCUUCCCCUGGUGUCCCUGCAGCUGGCCUGUGGUGCCUUCCUUCUGAAUUCAGCCUUCUGCGAUGCCAUCAACAUCCCCAUGGAGAAGCUGAAGUGGACAUCGCCCUUCCCCUGCCACCGCCUGUCCCUCAGCCCCUGCGGCUCCUCCAGCACCAAGAAGAGCAGUCCUUCCUCAGAACACUCCAGCCAGCAGCUGCUUGUCCCCAGAGGGCAGGGAAAGGCUCCCACCCCUGGAGACAUGGCCCGGGGUGCAGUGCUGGAGGACAGAGGCCGCCUCAGGCACCUGUCGGGCAGCACAGCCCAGAGCAUCUCCAGAGCCCUGGGAGCAGAGAAGGAACUGUCCCCACCCACCAUCACUAUCCGCAGCUUCUCCUCCCCGCCCGAGUGCGGGGCUGACAGUGCCCAGGGCUGGGACACCAAUGGCUCCGAGCUCCAGGCUUUGCUCUUGGAUGUGGAGCUGCAGCAGCGGUCGGAGCCCGAGGGGAUGCUGUGGGCCACGGCUGUGGCCCUGGCCUGGCUGGAGCACAGCUCAGCUUCCUACUUCAUUGAGUGGGAGCUGGUGGCUGCCAAAGCCAGCCUGUGGUUGAGCAGGCAGGACUUCCCAGAGGGAUCCAGCCUGGCCACGGUGAAAGCUGCAGCCCAGCAGCUCUUUGUGCUGCUACGUCACUGGGAUGAAAACCUGGAGUUCAACCUGCUGUGCUACAACCCGGGCAGUGUGUAA